AUGCGUCAACUGCUUCUUCUGGCGACUGGAACCGUUGACCCACGCAGUCUGUUUUUAAUUUUCGCGAAAGUAAAGAAAUCUUUAGGACUUAGAUCGGGACUAUAUGGAGGAUGGUCCAGUAAUUCCACGUUUUUCUUCCGUUAAGUACUGCCUUGUUUUUUGGGCUGUGUGCGA